AUGGCGCAUCUGGGUGGUGGUGCUGAGGCACACGCUCGAUUUAAGCAGUAUGAGUACAGAGCCAAUUCCAGUCUGGUACUUACUACUGAUUCUCGCCCACGUGAUACUCAUGAGCCUACUGGUGAACCUGAGUCUCUUUGGGGCAGGGUUGACCCUAGAAGUUUUGGUGACCGUGCUUAUAGAGGAAGACCUCCUGAGUUAGAUGAGAAGAUUAACAAGGCUAAGAGGAAGAAGAAGGAGCGUGAUGCUCUUUCUGAAGCUGGCCCUACUCGUCAAGCUAAGAGGCGGCGCCUUAGAGAGGAGAGUGUCCUAACUUCUACCGAGGAGGGUGUUUACCAGCCCAAGACGAAGGAAACUAGAGCUGCCUAUGAGGCUAUGCUCAGUGUAAUUCAGCAGCAAUUAGGUGGUCAGCCUCUUAAUAUUGUUAGUGCUGCUGCUGAUGAGAUUUUGGCUGUUCUUAAGAAUGAGUCUGUUAGGACCCAGGACAAGAGGAAGGAGAUAGAGAAGUUAUUAAAUCCUAUUCCCAACAAUAUGUUUGAUCAGCUUGUUUCGAUUGGUAGGCUUAUCACUGAUUACCAAGAUGUGGGUGAUGUUGGUGGGGCCUCUGUUGCUAAUGGUGAUGAUGCCCUUGAUGAUGAUGUGGGUGUUGCUGUGGAGUUUGAUGAAGACAAUGAAGAUGAGGAAGAGGAUAGUGAUCUGGAUAUGGUACCAGAGGAGGAAGAAGAGGAAGAUGAUGUGGUGGAACCAGACGGUUCUGGGGCCAUGCAGAUGGGUGGCGGAAUUGAUGAUGAUGAAUUGCGGGAAGCAAAUGAGGGAAUGAACCUCAAUGUUCAGGAUAUUGAUGCCUAUUGGCUCCAGAGGAAGAUUUCGCAAGCUUAUGAACAGCAGAUUGACCCACAACAGUGUCAGAAGCUAGCAGAAGAAGUGCUUAAGAUACUUGCUGAAGGAGAUGACAGGGAAGUUGAAACAAAGUUGCUGGUACAUCUCCAGUUUGAUAAGUUCAGCCUCAUUAAGUUUCUUUUGCGGAAUAGGCUGAAGAUUGUCUGGUGUACACGUUUAGCUAGGGCCAAAGACCAGGAGGAGAGGAAGCAGAUUGAGGAGGAAAUGAUGCGUCUAGGUCCUGAUUUGGCAGGAAUUUUGGAGCAACUGCAUGCCACAAGGGCAACUGCUAAAGAGAGGCAAAAGAACUUGGAGAAGAGUAUAAGAGAAGAGGCUCGCCGGCUGAAGGAUGAGACUGGUGGAGAUGGGGAUAGGGAUAGGGAUAGGAGGGGACUUGUUGAUAGAGAUGCAGAAAGUGGUUGGGUUAAAGGCCAGCCCCAGUUGCUUGACUUGGACAGCAUUGCUUUUGAACAGGGUGGCCUUUUGAUGGCAAAUAAAAAGUGUGACCUUCCUGUUGGUUCUUUUAAACAUAAUAAAAAGGGUUAUGAAGAAGUUCAUGUACCAGCGCUGAAGCAAAGGCCAAUACCACCUGAUGAGAGGUUUGUAAAGAUAUCAGAAAUGCCAGACUGGGCUCAACCAGCUUUUAAAGGGAUGCAACAGUUGAACAGAGUGCAGAGUAAAGUCUAUGAGACUGCCCUCUUCAAGGCAGAUAAUGUACUCCUGUGUGCUCCUACUGGAGCAGGAAAAACCAAUGUUGCAGUCCUCACUAUACUUCAGCAAAUUGCUUUGAAUAGGAACCCAGAUGGUUCAUUCAACCAUAGCAAUUAUAAGAUAGUCUAUGUGGCUCCGAUGAAAGCCCUCGUGGCUGAAGUUGUGGGUAAUUUGUCCAAUCGUCUGCAGGAGUAUGGUGUCCAAGUGAAGGAACUCAGUGGAGACCAAUCACUGACCCGCCAACAAAUUGAGGAAACUCAAAUAAUUGUGACGACCCCUGAGAAGUGGGACAUUAUCACCAGAAAGUCUGGUGAUCGCACUUAUACUCAGCUGGUGAAACUACUUAUUAUUGAUGAGAUUCAUCUUCUUCAUGAUAAUAGAGGACCUGUGCUUGAGAGUAUUGUUGCUAGAACUGUUAGGCAAAUUGAAACAACAAAGGAACAUAUCCGGUUGGUGGGUUUGUCAGCUACACUUCCUAAUUUUGAGGAUGUGGCAUUAUUUCUACGGGUUGAUCUGGAAAAAGGGCUCUUCCAUUUUGACAAUAGCUACAGACCAGUUCCUCUAUCUCAACAGUAUAUUGGAAUCAAUAUAAAGAAGCCACUGCAGAGGUUUCAGUUGAUGAAUGAUAUCUGUUACGAGAAGGUAAUGGAUGUAGCAGGAAAGCAUCAAGUUCUCAUCUUUGUCCACUCAAGGAAGGAAACAGCCAAAACAGCUCGAGCAAUAAGGGAUACUGCACUUGCUAAUGAUACUCUAAGUAGAUUCUUGAAAGAGGACAGUGCAAGUCGUGAGAUUCUCCAAACUCACACAGAAUUGGUGAAAAGCAAUGAUCUCAAAGACCUUCUGCCCUAUGGUUUUGCUGUUCAUCAUGCUGGGAUGACAAGAGGUGAUCGUCAACUUGUUGAGGACCUCUUUGCAGAUGGGCACGUGCAAGUAUUGGUUUCUACUGCAACUCUAGCUUGGGGUGUUAACUUGCCUGCUCACACUGUGAUUAUCAAAGGGACUCAAAUUUACAAUCCAGAAAAAGGAGCAUGGACUGAACUAAGUCCGCUGGAUGUUAUGCAGAUGUUGGGUCGUGCGGGAAGGCCUCAGUAUGAUUCUUACGGGGAAGGGAUUAUCAUCACUGGCCAUAGUGAGCUGCAGUACUAUCUCUCUUUAAUGAAUCAACAGCUUCCCAUUGAAAGUCAGUUCGUAUCCAAGCUGGCUGAUCAGUUGAAUGCAGAAAUUGUUCUAGGAACGGUUCAAAAUGCCAGGGAAGCUUGCCAUUGGCUUGGCUAUACUUACCUGUAUGUACGAAUGUUGCGAAACCCUACACUCUAUGGCUUAGCACCAGAUGUUCUUACAAGAGAUAUUACGCUGGAGGAGAGGAGAGCUGAUCUGAUACAUUCUGCUGCUAUUAUCCUGGACAAAAAUAAUUUGGUCAAGUAUGACAGGAAGAGUGGAUAUUUUCAGGUGACUGACUUGGGUCGUAUUGCUAGCUACUAUUAUAUUACUCAUGGGACAAUAUCCACAUAUAACGAGCAUUUGAAGCCAACAAUGGGAGAUAUUGAGCUGUGUCGUCUAUUCUCACUUAGUGAAGAAUUUAAAUAUGUUACAGUUAGACAAGAUGAGAAGAUGGAAUUGGCUAAGCUUUUGGACCGUGUUCCCAUUCCCAUCAAGGAAAGCCUGGAGGAGCCUAGUGCCAAAAUUAAUGUUUUGCUACAAGCAUAUAUUUCUCAGCUAAAGCUUGAAGGGCUUUCAUUGACAUCUGACAUGGUGUUCAUAACUCAGAGUGCUGGUCGUCUUAUGCGAGCUCUCUUUGAGAUUGUUUUGAAAAGAGGAUGGGCCCAGUUAGCUGAGAAGGCUUUGAACUUGUGUAAAAUGGUUAAUAAGAGAAUGUGGAGUGUCCAGACUCCCCUUCGGCAAUUCCAUGGGAUCCCGAAUGAAAUUCUGAUGAAGUUGGAGAAGAAAGAUUUGUCCUGGGAAAGGUAUUAUGACCUUAAACCACAGGAGAUUGGUGAACUCAUCCGUUUUCCCAAGAUGGGUAGAACACUGCACAAGUUCAUCCACCAAUUCCCAAAAUUAAACCUUGCAGCACAUGUUCAGCCCAUUACUCGCACUGUGUUGAGGGUUGAACUUACAAUAACAGCAGACUUUCAAUGGGAGGACAAUGUUCAUGGUUAUGUGGAGCCAUUUUGGGUUAUCGUGGAGGAUAAUGAUGGUGAUUAUGUUCUUCAUCAUGAGUACUUUAUGCUGAAAAAACAGUAUGUUGAUGAACAUGAGGUCGUGGAUCUCACACUGAAUUUCACAGUUCCGAUCUAUGAGCCAUUGCCACCUCAGUAUUUUAUUCGUGUUGUGUCAGAUAAAUGGCUUGGUUCACAAACAGUUUUGCCUGUCUCUUUCAGGCAUCUUAUCUUGCCAGAAAAAUAUCCACCUCCAACAGAGUUGUUGGACUUGCAGCCUCUGCCUGUAACUGCAUUGAGAAAUCCAUCAUAUGAAGCUCUUUAUCAAGAUUUUAAGCAUUUUAAUCCAGUGCAAACUCAGGUCUUUACUGUUCUUUAUAAUACAGACGACAAUGUCUUGGUUGCUGCACCAACAGGGAGUGGGAAGACUAUCUGUGCAGAGUUUGCCAUACUGAGGAAUCACCAAAAGGGACCUGAGAGUGUCAUCCGUGCAGUUUAUAUUGCACCUCUUGAAGCAAUUGCCAAGGAACGCUAUCGUGAUUGGGAGAGAAAGUUUGGUAGAGGUCUUGGCAUGCGGGUUGUUGAAUUGACUGGGGAAACAGCCACGGAUUUGAAGCUUCUUGAAAAGGGUCAAAUAAUCAUCAGCACGCCAGAGAAAUGGGAUGCUUUGUCUCGACGCUGGAAGCAGCGGAAGUAUGUGCAGCAAGUUAGUCUUUUUAUCAUUGAUGAGCUUCACUUGAUUGGGGGUCAAGGUGGUCCUGUCUUGGAGGUGAUUGUGUCCAGGAUGCGAUACAUUGCAAGUCAGACAGAGAACAAGAUAAGGAUUGUGGCUUUGUCAUCUUCUCUUGCAAAUGCCAAGGAUCUUGGGGAAUGGAUAGGAGCUACAUCGCAUGGCCUUUUCAAUUUUCCUCCUGGUGUGCGUCCUGUGCCCCUGGAAAUACACAUUCAAGGUGUAGAUAUCGCCAAUUUUGAGGCAAGGAUGCAAGCUAUGACGAAACCGACAUAUACUUCUAUUGUCCAGCAUGCAAAGAAUGGAAAGCCUGCUAUUGUGUUUGUUCCCACAAGAAAGCAUGUGCGACUCACUGCUGUAGAUCUGAUGACAUACUCGAGCGUGGAUGGUGGAGAGAAGCCACCGUUUCUGUUAAGGUCCACUGAGGAAUUGGAGCCUUUUAUUGGAAAGAUUCAGGAAGAAAUGUUGAGAGCCACUUUGUACCAUGGAGUUGGCUACUUGCAUGAGGGCUUGAGUAGCUUGGAUCAAGAAGUUGUGUCCCAACUGCUUGAAGCUGGGUGGAUUCAGGUUUGUGUCAUGAGUAGUUCAAUGUGUUGGGGAGUGCCUUUGUCUGCACAUUUGGUGGUUGUGAUGGGAACUCAAUACUAUGAUGGGCAAGAAAAUGCUCACACAGAUUAUCCUGUUACAGAUCUUCUGCAGAUGAUGGGUCAUGCUAGCCGACCUCUUCUAGAUAACUCUGGAAAGUGUGUCAUCCUUUGCCAUGCACCUCGUAAAGAAUAUUACAAGAAAUUCUUAUAUGAAGCAUUUCCUGUGGAAAGUCAUUUGCACCAUUUCAUACAUGAUAAUUUUAAUGCUGAAGUUGUUGCUGGAGUUAUUGAGAACAAGCAGGAUGCUGUAGAUUAUCUCACAUGGACUUUCAUGUAUAGGAGGCUCACUCAGAAUCCAAAUUACUACAAUCUGCAGGGAGUUAGUCACAGGCAUCUUUCUGAUCACCUUUCGGAGCUUGUUGAGAACACAUUGACUGACCUAGAAAGGAGCAAAUGUGUUGCUAUUGAGGAUGACAUGGAUCUUUCUCCUCUGAAUCUUGGCAUGAUAGCAUCUUACUAUUACAUCAGUUAUACUACUAUUGAACGUUUUAGCUCCUCUUUGACUCCCAAAACAAAGAUGAAGGGCCUUCUGGAAAUCCUCUCUUCAGCCUCAGAGUAUGCACAACUGCCAAUACGACCUGGCGAGGAGGAGGUGCUUCGAAGAUUGAUCAAUCACCAGAGGUUUUCAUUUGAAAAUACUAGAUACACCGAUCCACAUGUGAAGGCUAAUGUGCUCCUACAAGCCCAUUUCUCUAGGCAAUCUGUGGGCGGGAACCUAGCAUUGGACCAGCGAGAGGUGCUCCUAUCUGGAAGUAGGUUACUUCAAGCAAUGGUUGAUGUCAUUUCGAGCAAUGGUUGGUUGAGCCUUGCUCUCCUUGCAAUGGAAGUUAGCCAAAUGGUGACACAAGGGAUGUGGGAGCGUGAUUCUAUGCUUCUACAGCUUCCACACUUCACAAAGGACCUGGCUAAGAAAUGCCAGGAGAACCCUGGAAAGAGUAUUGAGACGGUGUUUGAUUUGGUGGAGAUGGAAGAUGAUGAGAGGCGUGAGCUUCUGCAGAUGUCAGAUUCACACUUGUUAGAUAUUGUCAGGUUUUGCAAUCGAUUUCCCAACAUUGAUAUGUCUUAUGAGGUAAUGGAUGGUGAUAAUGUGAGGGCAGGAGAAGACAUCACUUUGCUGGUCACACUUGAAAGGGAUCUAGAGGGGAGGACAGAGGUGGGACCUGUUGAUGCCCCCAGGUAUCCUAAAGCCAAAGAGGAAGGGUGGUGGCUUGUUGUUGGUGAUACCAAGAGCAACCAGUUGCUUGCCAUCAAGAGGGUUUCCCUUCAGAGGAAGUCAAAAGUGAAGCUGGAGUUUGCUGCUCCUGCAGAUGCUGGACGAAAGUCGUAUACUCUAUAUUUCAUGUGCGAUUCUUAUCUUGGUUGUGACCAAGAAUACAAUUUCUCUGUUGAUGUUGGUGAAGGAGGCUCGGAUGAGUAA